AAAAAAAUUCUAUAGCUCGAGAAAUGAGAUUUAUCGCGCGUCUGAUAGCUCUUACUUCACUUGUUAUAAUUACACAAACGACUAUACAUUAGUUUUAAAGCACAAUUUCAAUUAUUUGCUGAUUCGGACCGAGUUAAUAUAUGUCCGGAAGUUCCACAGCAUUUCCUCCAAAAUUAGCCACAAUUGGCCAGAAAUAUCUUGAAGACGAUCUAGCAAGUGGUUUAUUUUGGUUCUCACAAGUCAGGAAUCAGGAGCCCGAGAGACCAAGUCAGUUCUCAGGUCAGACAAAAUGAGAUCUUUGCUUCACUCAUUCACCAAUGCUUGUAAGGUCAGAGUUGCCUCCCAGUGGAUGAGAGGAGUGUUCAGGGAGAGGCACUUGAGAAGUUUAACAGCAGUGACACAGACGAAACAAUUGCACGUGCCCCCACAAGAUGAAUCUUCUGGAAAGACUGUCAAAGAGGUGAUAUCAUCCCUAACACACAAGAUUGGAGCGGCAAAGAGUUUUGGUGAAGUUAUGGAUCGGAGUUAUCUGUUUGAUCUGCUACCAGCUUCCCAGGAUGAGCUACCCCCACGCAACAUGAUGGAUAGCUGGGAUAGUGCCAUUAUUCCUCUGGGAUCAGAGGAAAGACUCCGUGAGAAGUAUGUGACCUUUAUGGGAGGUGUGAGAAUUGGACGUCUGUUGGAAGACCUUGAUGUUUUUGCUGUGUGGCUCUGCUAUAAACACAUCAAAAACCCUCAUCAAAAGGCAGAUAUGCCCAGUCCGUAUAGUAUUGUGACAGCACUUGUGGACCGGAUAGAUUUUAAUCAAAGGAUGACUUUACGGCCAGAUAAGGAUAUCAGGCUCUCUGGACAUGUUUCAUGGGCUGGUCAGUCGUCCCUGGAAACUAUUUUAACAGUUGAACAAUAUAUUGAUGGUAAUUGGCAAAAGAUAACUCGUGCAGUGUUUGUCAUGGUUGCUCGGGAUCCUCUGAAUCAAGGUUCAGUGCCUGUUAAUCCAUUGGUAUGUGAGACUCCCGAGGAGCGGAAAAUACUUCAAAGAGGAGAUAUAAGCAAACUGCAUCGAAAAGUGGUUCAAGAAGAGAGCUUAUUCAGAGUCCCACCAAAUGAGUCAGAGAAAACUUUGGUUCAUGAAAUGUUUAUGUCGAUGGCAAACCCUGAGGAGCUCUCCUUCACUUCUAAGAAUAAACCUGAAAAUUCUGUAUGGAUUGAAGAAACCAAACUGAAGAAUCUCAUCAUAUGCCAUCCUGAGCACAGGAACCGAUUCAGGAAGGUGUUUGGAGGAUUCAUCAUGCGCCAGGCCUAUGAACUGGGCUGGGCAUGUGCUUUUACAUUUAGCAAACAGCGACCAAGAGCUUUAUACAUAGAUGACAUCAUGUUCCGUCAGCCAGUGGAGAUUGGUUCUCUCCUCUACCUUAACUCCCAGGUUGUGUAUACAGAAGGCAAGCAUAUACAGAUUAGUACAAAAGCAAGUGUAGUGGAUGCAUUUACAGGAUCAACCAACUUGACAAACAUCUUCCAUUUUACUUAUCAAGUUGACCAACCUGUCCACUCCGCAAUGCCCAAGACAUAUCAUGAAGCCAUGUUGUACCUGGAUGGUCGACGUCGCUACCAGUUAGUGAGAGGACUCCGCAAGUUCUAUGGCCAAGGGGAAGUGACUUCAGACACUAGUUUAGAGUAGGGUUUGCUUAACUGAUUAAGAUAAACAAGUGUGAAUUUUCUAUUUACUACUAUAGUUAUUUGUUGAUGCAGUUUUAUGCUCAUGAUUAAUUUUCACCUUAUUUAAGGAGAAGCGGUCUCUUGCAGUAUAUCCUUUAUUAUGCAUAUUAACUAAUUCUUAUUACAUAUUAAUGCUAGCAUAAUUAUUGCUUAAUAGUGCUGUAUGAAUAGAGCUUAAUUUGAAUUGAUUACACAUCAUGUAUAGCCACACGUCACUUACAUAAGGUGCGCACACUAGUACAGAUACACCACCGAUUAUCCGGGAAACUGAUAGUCCGGCACCUCCUUUAGUCCGGACAAAAUUACGAGAGGGCAG